AUGGGUAACGGCUCACUGAUCGAAGAGCAAACAUUGCCGUUCUACCACCAGCAACGGUAUUAUCCGGUCCGUAUUGGUGACACUCUCAAGGAUCGGUAUAGCAUUAUUGCCAAGCUUGGUUACGGCGGUUAUUCCACUGCGUGGCUUGCCCGGGACGAGAGAACCAAGCAGUAUGCUUCACUUGAGGUGUGCAUCGAGCAGGAUAAUGACCAGCCAUCGCCUGUGUUGAACGAAAUCAACAUGCUCCGACGAAUGGAGAAACGCGCUGAAGCUGACAUCGUUUCCGAAUGCAAGGGUGCCGAAAAUCUUAGUGAGGUCUUUGAAUGUACCCGGCUGUUCUUCGCUAUCAAUUGGCUACAGGCCGUCUGCCAUCUUAUCCACACCGGUCAGAUCAAAUUCCAGGCAGGGAUAUUGACCAAGAAGCGCAAGAUCCCACCCAGCAUUCCUAUUAUCAGUGACACCGGUGUCACUGUUUAUCCGUCUCGAACACCAUUUCUAGAACUCGGCGGCAUUCCGAUGUUGACUGAUUUCGGUGAGAUGCGAGAGGGUGAUAGUGACGGGCGGGUCAACGACGAAUGGAUCAUGCCCGAUCUCUAUCGAGCGCCCGAGGUGCUUCUGCAGAUUCCCUGGACUUUUCAGGUUGAGAUGUGGUCUGUGGGUGGGAUGACACUCGAACUUCUAGAAGGCAGAAACCUGUUUGAUCCGAUGGAUCAUGUCAAUGAGCAAUAUGCCUCGGACGGCCGCCGCUGCACAUGCUCGAAAAGAGCCCUCUCUUUCGAGACCUAUUUUGACAAGAAUGUCCCCCAAACGUCCUUGGAGGACUUUGUCAGAACGAUUCCCCCGGGCGAAGAGAAGGACCUGUUUCACAGGUUUAUACGAAAGAUGCUAGCCUGGAAUCCAGAAGCAAGGGCGACAGCCAACGAGAUCAUCAACGCCGGAAUGGCUUCUCAGGCCGUUUGA